UGGGAGCGCCCUCAGUCCCAGCAGCCGUUCAGUUUCGGACUCCGGGUUCUCUCAAACAACCUCAACAUGUCUCGUUCGAGUUUCUCCUACAGGUCCUCAAGCGGCAGCGUCAGAGGAUUGGGCGGAAUAGGAGGCAGAUUAUCCUCCGCACGGAUUGUGGGCAGCAGCGGGACUGCCUUCCCCAUACAGGGGAGAGCACAGAGUUUGAUCCUAAGUCAAUCACGGAGAAUAGCGGCACCGCUCCACAGGAGCUCAGGUUAUGGGGGGAGUUCGGGGUUUAGCAGCGGCUUCUCGGGGGCGCUGAUCCAGAAAUCCACUAACAUUGACCUCAGCAGCCCUCUCCCUCAAAAUGACACCAGCCUGCAGAGUGUCCGCUUGGAGGAGAGCAGACAGAUCAAGGGGCUCAACAACCAGUUUGUCAAAUUCAUUGACCAGGUUCGUUACCUGGAACAGAUCAAUAAGAAACUGGAGGUCAAACUGAAUCUCCUGAAAGAACAAGGAGAAUACAAAUCCAACAUCGACAGCAUGUUCCAGACUUACAUCGACAACCUGAAAAGACAACUGGAAACACUGGGGCAGGAGAAACUCAGGUUCGAGGCCGAUCUUGUCCAAAUGCAAGGUCUGGUUGAAGACUUCAAGGGCAAAUACGAAGAUGAAAUUAACAAGCGCACGGAAAUGGAGAAUGAGUUUGUCCUGGUCAAGAAGGACGUGGAUGACUCCUACAUGAGCAAAGUAGAGCUGGAAGCUAAACUGGAAAGCCUCACCGACGAAAUCGACUUCCUGCGAUCAAUCUUUGAAGAGGAAAUCCGUGAGCUGCAGGCACAGAUUCAGAACACAUCUGUCAGCGUGCAACUGGACAGUGGACCCAAACUGGACAUCGAACAACUCAUUGCUGAAGCCAAAAUUCAGUAUGAAAACAUGGCCAAUCAGAGCCGUAAAGAAGCGGAGAUUUGGAAACAGACUAAGAUGCAGGAACUGAGCAUGUCGUCUGGACAAUAUGGGGAUGAGCUCCGUGUGACCAAGGAUGAGAUUAAACAGAUGAAUCAGCGUAUCCGUGCACUGAAUAAUGAUAUUGAGAGCCUGAGAAACGAGCGUCUCAAACUGGAGGCUUUAAUCAAAGAAGCCGAGGAACGCGGCGAGCUGUCACUCAGAGGUGCGAAGGAUAGAAUUGAAGACCUGAAAACUGCCCUGGCCAAUGCACAACAACAGCUGAUGAAACAAGUCCAGGAAUAUGAGGCGCUGCUGCAAGUCAAGUUAUAUCUGGAUGUUGAAAUUUCCACCUAUAGGUCUCUGCUGGAGGGAGAGGAGGAAAGGAUGAUAAGUGGGGUAAAAACCCUUAACAUCCAGCAAGUACAGAGCCAAGGUAAUUUUCAGCAGUUCCAUGACUUGAGUAGUGGAUUAGAAAGUUCUCUCGGUUUAGGAGGCUCUGGUAGUGGCAGAAGUAGCCAAGCGGUUAUUGUGAAGUCAGUGGAGCAAAGCCGUGGUGGAUAUCUUUCUUCAUAUUGAAUCAUCGAGGGAUAAACUAAUGCCAGCGGAGUUUCUUACCAGCCCACUGAGUUGAUUGUCAGAGCUCUAUUUCCUCUACACAUUGCCUUUUGUUCAGUAAUGAGCAACUUUUGAUUAACUUCACGUCUGGUAUUUGGAACACCUUCAUUAACCCAUUCACUUUACACAGUUAAAUGACAUGAAACUGACAUCUUAACCAGUGCACACAGGAAAUUCAACCUGCUUAAAGUCAAUAGUUUGGGUCUGUGGCAAAGUGGUCAGGAAAGUUUCACUCUUAUUUCUUGGAUCCUUUAAAAUGGGAAAUAUCCCAAAGUUUUCAGUGCUCAACUCUCUUUCAAUACUAUCUACCAUUUUGUAUCGGGGAUCUGCCUUUUAUGACAUUCCUGUUAUAUGAAUAAACUUCUAAUCAAUAAA